AACCAUGAAGGGGAAAUAAAGCCGGCAGCCGGACCCAGACCCAGAGAAAGCCUCCUUUCCCACCCCAUCUCCUCUCCUCCCGCAGCCGAGCGAGUGAGCGCGCGCCCCCGACCGGCCACUGUAUCGUUUCAGUAAUUGUUACACCGGGAGCAGCCGCCGACCAUGAGCUGGGGCACAGAGCUGUGGGAUCAGUUUGACAACUUGGAUAAGCACCUGCAAUGGGGGAUUGAAUUUGUGGAGAGAUACAACAAGUUUGUGAAGGACAGAACAGAUAUUGAGAUCAGCUAUGCAAAGCAGCUUAGGAAUCUUUCAAAGAAGUAUCAGUCGAAAAAGAACUCCAGAGAAGAGGAGGAACAGAGAUUCACAUCCUGCCGAGCCUUCAUGACUCUUCUGAAUGAAAUGAAUGACUACGCAGGCCAGCAUGAGGUCGUUGCUGAGAAUAUGAGUGGGAUGAUAUUUGCAGAGCUGGCUCGUUACAUCCAGGAGCUCAAGCAAGAAAAGAAAAUGCAUUUCCAGGAAGGGCGAAGGGCGCAGCAGCACAUAGAAAGCUGUUGGAAACAACUCGAAGCAAGCAAGCGAAGAUUUGAGAGAGAUUGCAAAGAAGCGGAGCGAGCACAGCAACAUUUUGAGAAGAUGGAUUCGGACCUGAAUGUUACAAAGGCUGAUGUGGAAAAGGCUCGGCAGCAAGCCCAUACCCGACACCAGAUGGCUUCAGAUAGCAAGGCAGAAUAUUGCAGCAUUCUGCAGAACUUCAACAAGGAACAGCAUGAACAUUAUUAUACAAACAUACCAAAUAUUUUCCAGAAAAUUCAAGAUCUGGAUGAGAGAAGAAUAGUUAGAAUUGGUGAUUCGAUGAAGACCUUCUCUGAGGUUGACAGAAAGGUUAUUCCUAUCAUUGGGAAGUGUCUUGAUGAAAUCACCAAGGCGGCUGAUUCUAUUGAUGUAAAGCAGGACACACAGUUAGUGAUCGAGUCUUUCAAAUCUGGGUUUGAGCAGCCAGGAGAUGUUGAAUUUGAGGAUUUCAGCCAAUCCAUGAAAAGGACAGUUUCAGAAAGUAGUCUCUCGAACAACAGACCUGAUGGCAAACCAGACUCCAAAAGCGGCAAGUCCAAGGGCAAACUCUGGCCUUUCAUCAAGAAAAAUAAGCUUAUGUCCCUUUUGACAUCUCCUCAUCAGCCCCCUCCUCCUCCUCCUUCCUCCACCACACCUUCUGCUGUUCCAAAUGGCCCUCAGUCUCCCAAGCAGCAAAAAGAGCCCCUCUCUCACCGCCUGAACGAAUUCAUGACCUCCAAACCUAAAAUCCACUGUUUCAGGAGCCUAAAGCGGGGGCUUUCUCUCAAACUGGGCUCGGUACCAGAAGACUUCAGUCAUUUGCCACCAGAACAACGGAGAAAGAAACUUCAACAGAAAAUUGAUGAAAUCAACAAAGAAAUCCAGAAGGAGUCUGAUGAAAGAGAUGGCUUGACGAAGAUGAAAGAUGUCUACGUUAAGAACCCUCAGAUGGGUGACCCCAGCAGUGUGGCUCCCAGGCUUGCAGAAAUCGGGCAGACGAUCGAGAAAUUACGACAAGAGAGUCAGAAAUUUGAGGCUUGGCUGGCUGAGGUGGAAGGUCGCUUACCGACAAAGUCGGACCAAACUCGGCGGCAGAGUGAAAUGUACGAGUCGCAGAGCAGCGCCGUCAACAACUGUCCACAGGAUAGAGAGAGUCCUGAUGGUAGUUAUACCGAAGAACAAAGCCAAGACCCACAGCUAAAAGUUGCAGCCCAAAACGAGUUUGAUGAUGAGUUUGAUGAUGAAGAAGUGCUGACGUCAAUUGGUACAUGCAAGGCCAUGUAUCCCUUUGAAGGUCAGAAUGAAGGAACUAUAACGAUUACAGAGGGAGAGACGUUGACUGUGAUAGAGGAAGAUAAAGGAGAUGGGUGGACAAGAGUUCGACGAAGUGAAGACGAGGAAGGAUAUGUUCCAACGUCUUAUGUGGAGGUCUAUUUGGACAAAAGUGUUAAAGGUACCUAAGGUGGUGUCAUGGUCCAUGAAUCACGGGCGAGCUGGUAUACAAGGACACCUUCUCCAGCUUAACAAUAUUCAAAAUGGAAGACUAGCCAGACUGGUUUAGUUUUUAAUAAUCAAAAGCAAAACCAGCGAGAUGAAAAAAUUAUAUGAUCAUAAGGUGCAAGUGCUUGCUCUUAUUUCAUGGCAUGCCAUCUAUUGCUCGAAUUAACUCGGAUACUCCGUAAAUGUCAAAAAUGCAAUUUUCUGAUGCAUGCCUCUGUCUAAAAUUUUGCCCAUUUUAAACAUUUUAAAAAUAUGUGAAUUUUGAAAUCUACUUUACAGAAUACAUGUACUUCAUCACCACAGUAACCGUCCAUUGUUUGGGUGGAUAUUGUUCAUUAAAUCUUUAUUCGAGCCAAGGUACGGGUAGUUCUUGGCUGGGAAGGGAUAGUAAAAUGACGUAAUUGACAAUGUAAGUUAGUUUAGUUGAGUUUGUUCUAUAUAAGAAGUUAAGGGAUCACCUGGGUUGCCACAAAGCAUUUUCAGUGUUCAGAAAAAUGUCGCCACUUCAGUGCUAGUGAUGCUUACAAUCUUGGCUUCAGAAGCCUUGAGAGAUACAUUCAUACCUCACUUUUGAUGAACUUGCAUUGCAAACCGCAUACAUAGUUAAUCUUUCCAGAAGAUGAAAUUAUGUGGAGUGACUGGAAGUUGUAAAAAGAAGUCCAACUAACGAUUGACUGAAGUGCAGUUAAUUUUCAUUCAUCCUCAGCUCUACAGAGUUUUUAAGUUUUAUAUUUGAUUUUUCUCUACCUCUUCCACACAUAUCCAGCCCAGAUAACUUGGUAAAAUAGAGAAACUUCCUGAGGUUUUGCCCAUUAAAUGCAAAGAAGAUACUUGAAGGCCAUAGUCCCGUUUGCUUGUGAGCAUUUAGCCAAGUAGAAAGGUAGAAUAUUUUUAGCGUGGAUCGAGUUGUUUUAAUUGUCAAAGCAUGUAGAUACUGGGAAUGACAAGAGUGGAGCACUUGUGGUCAUGCAGUACCUGUAUCUGGUAUUUGGUAGAUUUCUUUGUCACCAUCACAUCACUAUUAUCAUUUUGGUUUGUAGCACUGCCCAACAUCAGUCCAUCUUUUCCAGUCUGCAUGCUCGCCCUGAUGCUCUGCCUGUGCCCACUUUAAUGAAAGUUAUGGUCACAUUUUCUGCGUCGUUAUUUUGUUGGCUUUAAGAAGUGGAGUUGCUGGUCGUGUGACACGUUUUUUUCUUGCAUGUUCACCUGUGUAUUUGUUGGAGUUUCUUCUGCUCUCCCUAAAGCUGCCUACAAACCACUGUGUGCUAACCUGCUGGGGUUUCAGCUGUUUGUAAUCGCUUCUACUCUUAACACCGUCCGAGUGAAAAUGUGAAGAAAUAGUUGACAUUAACCGUGUACACAGAGAGCCAGGAAUGAGCGGUCCAGGGAAGCGUCUAGCGCUUGGCUUGCAUUUCUGCAAGGGAUUUUAGUUUCAUGGUGUCCGCUGUUCUUGAUUAUCGGUGAAUGUUCCCCCCCCCCCCCCAAGUACUGCUGUUUCAAUGGUUAAAUAUACAUAUACUGCACCUUAAGGUAAAGCAGUCACAUCGAAUCCCAGAUCCAUUGUCCCACAGCAAAUCGAAGUUGAAUUAGUAAUGAAAGAUAUGUGAGUAAGAGGUUGUAGUGAACAAAUAAUCCAAAACUGGUAUUAUUCCACCUGCCUUCAAAUGUGUGCCAACUGUGUUCUGAAACCAAGCACUAAGAUUUCUGUAGGGAUGUGCCUUACCAACUAUCACCCUCAUGAGGCAUGAUUGAGAUUGGAAAGGCAUGUGUGGGAGGUUGAAUGUGUGCUGGUUCUGUCUGGCAGAUAUUAAAAGUAACCAAAUAAAGUUUCACACUAUUGUGGAAAGUAAUUCCCUGUUGACACCAGUGGCACAUGUUGUUACAUUGACAAAUGGGACACAAUGUCUGGCAUUGGUCAUGUUGGUCACCCUUUCACCAUAGUUGGGUUACAAAGGCUGGCUGAUUAUUCAGACGUUUUUGAUGUUUGUGAUCACUCUCGUCAAUGACCAGAAAUGCAGUGCAAAGCUGCUUUAAGGUGCAGGUCCCACCAAAAUGUUAAUUUUGAAUUUCCCCAAACCAGAAAAUCAUUUAUCUUUAACUAAUCCAAUUACGCUGCAGAAAAAAAACUACACUCAUUUGUAGUUCUGUUAAUUUUUUUUAAAUGUUUCUGAAAUACAUUUUCACAAUAGAGACCAUGCUUAUAAAAUUCAGCUGAAACCCUGUGUUUUGUGUCAGUAUUAUAAAUACAACAGUUGCGAAAUAAAUCAAAUACCUCAUUGAUUUCUUAAAAAGACAAAAGUCCAGCUUGGGUUUUGCAUUGCACAAACCUUGAUCUUACUCCUUCCAAAUGUGUGUUUGUUCGUUAGUUAAUCAGUAAUCAUCAGGGUUUAUUGUUUAUUUUUGUGCAAGGCAUUUGUGAAGUACUUUUGUCUUGGUGACUAACUGCACCCACCCAGUGUAGCCACAGCAAUGAGGUGAGGUGGAGAAACUGGAGUCUCGGAGUAUCUGACUGUUGAGGCUUGUUAAAGAAUAUUCAGGAGAAACCAAGACUGUCAAUUUGAAACACCCAGGUUUACCAAUUAUGAUAACUGUAGCCAGUGCUUUAUUUGUGACAGUGUUUACCAGAAUGUUGUGCCAGUAUCUCUAGCAUGACACGUUUGUUUAUUAAUCAUGCCUAGUUAAUGGAAAGCAUAAUUGAAUGAAAAUGAACAUUUGUUUCCAAGUUUUAUUUACUAGCUUUAACGGUGAUGCCAGAUUAUUGGUUCUCCUCCUCUUUACUAUUGGAGCUGAGUAAUUCUUUAACCCGUAAUAGUAAUGUCGUUUUUUCCCUAAUUCUUAGAAUUUGGUCAUUACAGAGGAAAGGUAAAGAUGAUAGGAUAUGGAAGAUUAAUACGAAUCAGAGGGGUAACUUUUUCACACAGAGGGUGGCGGGUUUAUGGAACAAGCUGCCAGAGGAGGUAGUUGAGGACAGGUUUGGAGGGUUAUUGACCAAGCGCAGGCAAGUGGGACUAGCACAGCUGGGACAUUGUUGGCCAGUGUGGGUGAGUUGGGCUGAAGGGCUUGUUUCCACACUGUAGUACUCUAUGACUACGUAGACAGUUGGAGAUGGAAAGCCUCACGGUUAGAGUUUGGCAGUAGCAAGAUUAUUUUUGAAUAAACAUAGUUUCACUCCUGUAAACUUAGUUGACCAGAUGAAAAUGGCUGUAUGGCUUCCCUGACUUUCAGUUGUAACUUACAAUUAUGACCUUUAAAAGAUAUUUAGACAGAUAUAUGGAUGGAAAACAUUUAGGGGGAUAUGAGCUAAAUCCAAACCAGUGGCAUUGGUCCAAUUUUCCAAUAUGGUCAGCAUGAUCUAGGUGGGCCGAAGGGUCUGUUUCCGUGCUGUUCAGCGCUAGAACUCUACUGAUAAGGAACCUAGAGUCGGCUUUCAGUAUUUAGGCCUGUUGCUUCUGCCUCGACAAUGGAAGAUGAGAAGUAACCUCAACCAAACUGUUUGCAAAUAUAGAAUGGGUCCAUAACAGUCUGGUAUCAAAUGCAGAGAAUAAUAAAAAAGGAACUAAUUAAAUAUAGUUGGCAGUACCUAGCAAAUUAUUGUAUCAUAGUCAGAAAUAGAAUGUGAAACUCCAAGCAGUUAGAACACUUAAAGUGGAAAAACCAACAAUAAAACCUAAUGAACUUACUUAAAGACGUGACGCACAUGGAAGGACCAAGAAAAACUUAUCUCAAUAUUUUGCUUUCCUCUUGGCACCUGUUGUAUUAAAAAAAAGCUGCAAUGUUUUUUAAUUUCUGUUUCUGGAUGAGCGGAGAACUCUCCACAUGCUGUUUUGUGAUGUUUACUUUUUGGUUUUGGACUUUGCCUAUCCCCAGUGAUGUGCAAGAGCCCGUGUCCUGAUUUUGAUAAUAAUUUAAAAAUUAAUAUAUUGUUAAUUUAUUAACAAGAGUUCAAUUCAAGUGUCAUUGCAAAAAAAAAAAAAAAAAAAAUAUUUUUCUGCCGAUUUGAUUCUAGAAUUCAAAGUUUCCUGCUAAUGUAUUGUUCCCAGUGUGUCUGGGAGUUCUGUAAGUCCGCUUUCCUUUUUUUAAAUUUUUAUUUUUUAUUUAAUUAUUUCUUUAUUCUGCGCAUCGUGAAAUUAACCGGUGAGCGAUAUUUUGCAUGUUGCAUAUAUGCAAUGAAUGCAGGGGAAUGGGCUAUUUCAAAUUUCCUAAUGACCUUGUUCAUCUAAUUCUUGGCGAAGUGCAUUCUCUCUGUUGGCGUAAGAGACCAAUUCCUCAAUCUUCCUUAUUGACUACUUUCUUCAUCAUGGCAGUCGCUUCUCGAAAUCGAGAUGCUACAACUCGGCCCCCUUGCCUUGCCUUGCCUUGCCUUCUUAUGAAACGCCUCCGUUGAGGAUUUUUCUUUUCCUGCCCGAAAGAAAUGCUCCGCUUAAGUCUGGUUGUUGAAAGCUUUUUGAUCAAUUGACUUGAAGCAGCUUGCAUGGUUUUUCUCUGGGAAGAUUGCGUUAAACUGCCGGCUAUCUUUGGCUCGGCCACUAAACCACCACGACCCGCCAUUUUGUGACUCGCCUCUGGCCUUUAGAUAACAGUGAGAAUAACUGCCGAGGAGGCAUGUUUGCACAGGGUCAUUGACUUUGACACACUGUUCUGUUGGGGUGGAGUCAAAUGUGGGAUUUCCUUAAGACAUGCUGAGCUGUUACUUAUCAGUGAAACUGAUUCAGAACUCAUGUGAACCAACUCAAAUUAAUUAUUGAGAAUGAAACUUUGCGCAUCAUGGUUGAACGUGGCUAUCACACUGGGACAGGGGAACCAAAACUGAAAAGGAAGUAAAAGUACAUUGCUUUAAGAUGUUUUUAAUUCAUUUGUGUAUGGCUUGUUGUUGUGAAUUGUACACUUGUUUGCAUAUUAUUUCUCCCCCACAAUCUAAAGAUCUAUACUUGCCAGCUUUCCUAAGCAAAUAUCAUCCUAAUCAUGCAGCGUAUGUACAUCGCUGUUGAAUUCACUCUGUUGUAUAUUUCAACCUUUUAAAACAAAAAAAAAGAUCUAUACAUACAAAUAUACACUUUGCAAUUGAGUUACAGAUUUAUACAACCAUACACAAUUUAAACAUAGGUGUCUGUGGUACAAUUUAGUUAUUGUACAGGACAUGGUUCAAUUAGGAAUUCAGUUCUUAUUUUGCCCUUGUGACUGCAUCUGGGUGUUUAAAAUGUUGCUUAAUAGUAGAAAUUUGGUAUUUAGAAUGAUUGUAGUUUGAUAUGUUACAAGAUUUAAUUUUGAAACAAUGUUUACACUUCAAGUUACUGACAGCGCUGUUUAAAAUGUUGGUAAUCCUGCUGCCUGCCUGCUCUCUUACACAGCCUAGAAACAUUAUGUUAAAAAAUGAAAGCUACCCGCCUAGAAUUUGCUCCAGUACAAAUAUCAAUCAUUUAGUUUCAAAUAGAUACCAUAGGAAAAAGUGGUUAAGUGAACUUCAUAUCGUCUUUCAGCAGUCCAAAGCUACUUGCUCUGUUUGCUUUUGCUAAGUUAGUUUGUUCUCUCUGUCUCUUGCAGCUGACUUUGACGAUGAGUUGAUUAUGUGCUUUUGCUUUUGUGUGGUUGAUUAUUUUGGCCACCUUUUGUCUGUUUGUUGAACUCUCUCCCGCUGGCUUCUCAGCACUCUGCAUAAAAAGUGAUUUUUUAAUAUGAAAUAUUUUUCCUUUAAUUGCCUUCAUGAAAAUGUUUAUACAAGGAUUAAAGGUGACUCUGAUCUCGUUAAUCGCCGUGCUGGUUUGAACUGUAUUGCAUUUUCUGUGAUAAACGUAUAUUCAAACAUUUUAUAGACUGUGGUUACUAAUGUAUUUAUUUGUAAUUAAUGCACAAAAAUUGAGAACGUAUUAGCACUAUACAGUACAUAUCAUUUAUAGAAGUUUCAUGAUUGGUUUUGUUUCCUAUUUUAAGAAAUAUUUUUAUCUACAAAGUUUAAGUACUCAUUAUUGAGUGGCAAAUGUACUUGUUACACUUUCUAUAUCAUGUGUCUCCCCAAGAUAAAAGUUUUUGAGAGUGAGCUGCUUUUGCAAGAAGUCCAGUUUCGUAACCACUUAGUUAAUUUAAACUCAAUUUUUCGAAGGUCUACUCACAUUCUAUAAACGUGAGUAUGUUCACAGACAAGGAAGCACCCAGGCACAUUUAUAACAUUGGGAACAUAAUACAAUAAUACAAACUCAGCUGCAUAGUUGUAAUUUCAAUUGCCAAACUUAAUCAAACAGCUCACCAAAUAGAGAGAAAAAACUUUUCAUUCCAAAAUAAUUACUACCCCCCCCCCCCCCCCCCCCCCCCCCCCCAUCAAUUGUGAAUAAAGUGACAUCCAUUCAUCUUAUGGUACAAAAACUCAGGAAAGAUGGCAAGUAUUGAGAAUUUAUUCUGAUGGCUGACAGCUCAUGUUUACAAAGAAACAGUUUUUCGCAAAACUACCACAAACUCAUAUUUUUAUAACGCACUAUAACACCAGCAGUUAUCCAAACUCCUGACCUUGUAGUUUGAAACCAUAGUUUGCAAUUUAAUGUGGUUUAAUGCUGGUUGAUUGUUAGUGGAUGGGAUUUCCUUAUGUAAAUCUCAGUGCGCUGCUGAAAACCAGGUUUUCCUUGUAAUAUUCUUAAACUGUGAUGGUAAUUGAGGAGCCUCUUAAGCAGAAUGUUGUAGACAUGACUGUUGUUAUUUUUAGUUCCUGGAUCUUGCAUCAGUUUAUAGAUUAAGCUGUCUGAGGUCAGUUGUUCUGCUGCCGCACGGCAAAACAUGAGAAUUUAUUUUGCUUUUUACCUUUAAAUUCUUGUAAGCCGUACAAUAUGAGCCCGAAUUAGGAAUGUUACAUGUUACUGAGUUUUAUUCCCUUUCAUUGUGUGAAUAUUUUGGAGAAAAAUGUUAACAAUUUUUUUUUUUUUUUUUUUUUUUUUUUUAACCAUCUGGAAAAAGUUGUUUCUUAAGUUGAAGGUUAUAGCUGUGCAUUGGUUAGACAUGAAAACUGUAUUUGCUAUUUUUAUAUCGUGUCGCUUUCUUCCUUGCCACCUUUGACCUCCAGAUGUAGCCAAUUAAACCCUAAAUGUUUUGUUUUUUUGAUUUUAUAUUUAACGAUAUUUACAAAAAUAUUAUAAUUGUGCACUUUUGUUAUGCCUUGUUUCCGAGCACUGAGUUUGUUGUGAUUAUUUUACCCUGUACAAUGUGCCAUUUUGGAAGUUCCAUUUACCCAGUUUAAUGCUGUGGUGUUUGUGUUUGCAAAAUCUUCACCCCCACAUUAGAGGAAUCAUCUGAAAAGCAAACGUACAAAUGUUGGAUUUUUUUUUUAAAAAGCAGAAGAUGCUCAUUUAUUUCUGAAUGAGGCAAAUUGAGAAAUAUUUAAAGAAAACUGGUCGUCCAUUAAUAAUGUGAUAUUGUUUUCAGGAAACUCUUUACAGAUAUUCCUUUAGUCUUCUUAAGGUAAAAAGAAGUAAGAUCAAACUGGAGUAGGUUCCUGGGGUAGAAUUACUUAUACUAAGUCCACAUUUAGUAUUUGCUUACAGCGAUAUUAUUUCUUAUCUGAGCUAAAAAAAACAACUUCUUUAAUGUUCCACCAUAUCUAAUUUUAAAUUGGUUCAUGCAAGCCAAAAGGAAAUGUAUCCAGGGUAAUAUCCUGCAGUGUGGAGUGGUGAGGGCAAAUUACUUCUUAUCUCAUUAUAUAAAUUAAACUAUUUUAUAUUACUGAGCAAAAACAUCCAACAAUUGGGAGUGCUGAAGUUAUUGAACUUCACUGCAAUGAGUGCAGAGUGAGUAACAGUGUACGUGAGACACGGUAGCAUUCCAAAUGCAACGGGACGCCAGUGAACUUGAAAUUUAUUUUAAUAAAAUUGCAUUGAGAAAAAAUAAUCUUAUAUUUUUUAAACGAGUAAAUUGGUGGAUAAAAUAUGUGCUUGAAAAGGAUUUAAAAUUUAUGCCAAUUCUGGACCGAUAUCAACAUGUUAUUCCUGGAAUUUUUACAGAAUCAGAAUUGCAGUGAUCUUUGGAGGUAAAGUGUGCCAAUUCAAGAGAAGUCAAUCUGCUUGCAAUAGGAAAGAGCUGAGGGAGAAAAAAGUUUAUAAGGAUGGGGCCAAUGCACUGAUGGAACAGUUAUAAAGAUAUAUUUUUUGCAUAGAAACACUGCAUUUGGAACGUUAAUGGUUUUACAAACCAUUGUCUCACUCUCUGCACCUGAAAUGAGCUACCUAGAAGUUUUUAAAUAGCAAUUCGAAAACAAAUAGGAAAUCUAAAGCAUUUACAUUGAAAUAGGUUUUUUUUUUCCUGUACAUUUCUGCAUUUUGAGAUCAGAGGAUGUUAAUAAGUUUGUCAAUGAUUGUCCUCACCAUCAAAGAAACCAUGGAGCCAAAGUAUCAUGUGUUCAUUUCAUCUGGCUUUGGAUGUGGUAAACGUGGCCGGCAUCUGAAUAUUGGACUGCAGAUACUGUGAGUGAAAAGUUAUACGAUGCAUAGUUGACUUAUCAACGCUGUGGAGCAAUCAGCAUGAGCUUAUGGAACAAGACCAAUGUGAUAUUAGAAGAUCAGAGUGCACUUUAGCAUCUGGAAGGAUGGAACAAAACUGAAUAAAUUGUGGCAUCAGCGAUCCUUCAUGGGGGAAAAUGCAACGUAUGGAAAAGUAGACAUUUCAUUCUGUAACAGCUUGCAUUUCAGCUUGUGAUUUAACAAAAUGUUCUUUUAUUAUUCAUUGAGUUUGCCAAACAUGAAAUCGACAUCUUUAGUUUCCCUUUCUAAAGAUUUAAAUGAACAAAUCCUGGCUUGAAAUAAGUUGAAAGUUUAAUUAAACAGCUUAUUUGAACAUGUAAAAA